AUGAAGAGUGGCGACGAAAUUGCCGACGACAAUAUUGCCAACCGGCUUAGUAACCUGCCGGAAGAUGUUCUCCUUGAGAUUCUGUCCCAUCUCUCUCUCAAAGAAUGUGCUGCAAGUAGUAUACUUUCGAAAACAUGGACUACUCUCUGGACUGAAUUACCCAGUCUAGAUCUUGAUGACAGAAGCAUUGAAGACAUUCCAACAUGGGACGUUGUUGGUUGGGUUUCUUGUUUGGUUGGAAAAGAAAUUAAAGAACUUGAUGUGUGUGUAGAAACAACAUUCCAAAAAGGAUACCGCUUGCCCAAUUGCCUCUUUUCCGAUGGAACUGAAAAUGUCGUGUAUCUGAAAUUGAAGGGCUUCAUGGUACUUGAUACGACGCAUUAUCUUUUUGUGUUACUGAGUCUCAAGGUUUUGGAAUUGAUUAACGUUCUCUACAUUGAAGGAGAUUCUCUCUCUAAAAUCCUUUCAUCUUGCAUGGUAAUUGAAGAUUUGAAACUUCAAAUUGGAGUUCAAACUUUGAAAAGUCUUAGAGUUACCUUCUCCACAAGUACACUAAAACGCUUUCAGUGCAGACUUCUUUCCGAAGGACCAACUUGUGAAUUUAAGAUAGACACCCCGGCUCUUAAGUUUUGUAAUUUCCAAGUGGACCGAGCCCAAGACUGUCAAAUACAGUUUGAGGAGAACAAAGGGUUUGAUAUAAUCGAGGAGGAGACACAUUUGUUCGAGGGUGAUUGGAAAGAUGAAGACUAUUAA